AUGCUAGACAUCAAUAAUAGGCUGAGAGUUCUGGGGUGCCUUAUCCGCCGUAUCCUGAGAGUUGAUGGAGAGUGAUAAACAUAAUGACAUAUUGAAACAGCCCAAGUCACCAUUUGCUUACUCAGUUGCUGUUGCAAGUUCUAAUUGGAUCAUCUGCUAUUGAUGAGAGAGACAAUCGAAUCAGCUGAUUGCACAAAUUACCUAUUGUUGCAAGUAUAGGGUCUGCUGUUAUUGCCCUUAUUAAUAAGUUUACCCAGUGUUUUUAUAAUAUUAUUAGUAGUCAUACAUUUCUAGCUCCAUAAUUAGUUGAGAUAUACUGUAUGCAUCCUUAGGGCUAAUAUUGACCUUUAUUCAGUUGUGAUGAAUUUCACUUCAUGUUCAGAAACAUUUGUUUGAUCAAUAUAGAUUGUUACUGGGUCUAUUCAAUAGACUUGUGUUGAAUUUAGCAAACAAAUUAUUUAUUAAUUAUUUAUUUAUAAAAUAUUUUACCAGGAAAGAUACAUUGAGAUUUGUCUCGUUUUUAAGUAUGUCCUGGGUCCACAAAACAUUGCAUUGAUACAAUAGGGUACAAUAAAAUACAAAAACAAUAUCAAUACACAAUAUAUACAAAAUUUAACAUAAAACAGGUAGUGAAAAUAUAACCAACCAUGACACGUGCAUUCUGUUUUGAGGUAUGUAGAGAGGGAUCUCUUAAAGGACUUUAGGCUUGGGGAAGAUUUUAAAGUGUGCGGGAGGUCGUUCCACAAUUGCGGUUCUGUAGGAGAAGGAGGAUUUAAAUGAAUUAUGUCAUUUUAACCAAUAUUACACCGUUUUAAACUCAAAUUCUAAACACAAGUAAUAAGAUAACUUAGUUGCCAGUGAAGAUAAAAUACAUGAAUUUCACAUAUUUAAAGUUCGUGGAUUGGUCUGUAACUUGAUUAUUAGUAACAUAGCAAUGUUAAUGAGCCUUUGAGCUGUUAAUUACCACCACAAUCUCAUCUCCUUGAACCCUAAUCUGUGUCUGAAUUUUAGAUUGUACAUUGACCUUCCUGGCAGCCUCACCCUUUGUGAAGCCUGCAGUACAUGUCCUUAUCUUGGAGACCAAAUACAAUAAAGACAAAUCAGAUUUAUAUAGUUUUCACCCUUGCUCAAGGGAAAGCUGUAAUUUAGUUAUGCAUGAUCUCCACAUCCAUACAUAUGAUCCUUACUGUCUGAGAAAUUAUGAAAUGAGAAAACUUCACAUUUUAUUGUAUGUAUUGAUGUAGGAGAGGCUUUAUAGUUUCAUUAUUGGAGUUAGUUGCAAUAUAACACAGUAUUGCGAUACCUUUUUAUUGGGCUCACACGAUUUAACAAACACAACCUUUUGGGAAUUGCUAUUUUUUUGUAAUUUCUUAUAUAGUUAUGGUAAAGCUAUAUAUUUUCACCAUUUUAACACCCAACCAGAACCAUUAAAAAUGACGAAUGUCGCCAAAGUCAUAUUAAAGUUCGAUUCUAAAAAUGAUAGGAUGUUACUUUCUCUGCACUAUAUCACACAUUUGUUCAACUACAUAUAGACUUUGCCAUCUCGGUGGCCACUGGGCUCCAAAUUGAGUUUUUUAAGUGAAUGUGUAAGUCAAACUUAACACAAAACAGAGUCAUUUUAACCAGAAUGAGAUUUAAGUCAAUGAGAUAUUUGGUAACAACAUGUAGUAAUUACUAAUUAGUUUAGCAUUUUACUGAGGCAGACUGUUCAUGUCUUCAAGGGAUAAUUUGUAUCUGCAUUUCAAUAGUCUGCACUUAACCAGACAUCAUCAUAUGCUAAUUAAUAGGAUGAAAAUGAAGUGGCUGACAGUCUGUUGAAAUGUAAUUAUCCAGAUAAUGUAUAGUACUUGUGUAGAGAAAAUAAAAUGAAAAAGUAAAAGAAACUCAUAGGUGAAUAGUAAUUGGUGAAGAGGAGAUCAAUGGGGGUGGGAUCAUUUAAAUUACAUCUUUGUUGGAGAGCGAAUGGUUAAUGACAAUAAGCCAAUAACAAGUAAGGCCAGUAAACAAGCCCACCAGGGAGGUGGGGCUAACUCCCACACCUUCCUUUUUUGAAGCACUCCCCUCACUCUCUCAGAAACACUCUCAUCAGUGCCUUUGAGAAGAUUCCUCUCACACUCAACUCUUGCUAGCAUCUUUCUGCUAACAUGAUUUCUUACAGCUCAUCAUUCUACAAGCCUUGUCUUGGGUUUCCAGGCAAGGUUUGAAUUAGAUACACAAACAUGCCUUUCUAGAGUUUGAUCUUCAGUCCAGAAGCCUUCCACAAAGAUUUUAUCUACAGCUCUGCUCCCAGUGCAGACCCUACUCCAGCGACCUUGAAGAACUCCAAGAAGAACUCUCUGAAAGCCAAGUUAGCAAACAGAGAGAUUCAUCCAAUAACCAUGGGUAACAAUGACUUUUAUUCCAACCAAGGAAGGAGUAAUCCACAUUUUCCUCCCUCUGAAUAUGGAAAUUACCAAGGAAAUAAGCAAGGUGUUACUGGCAUUAACCAUCCACCUUACUCUCCGUAUGUGCAAGGCAACCAUGGAAUUAAGCCUAACUAUAAAGAUUUCAGCCAACAAGAUGACGGGCAGUGCCCACCUCAAAUGCCGAACAUCAUGAACCAGCACCCCCAUUAUGGUCCAAUUCCUCAAAUACAAAAUGUGCUUGGGCAUGGCUUUCAGAAUACAGCUGUUUACCCAGUGGUUAGCCAAAAUCCCACAACAGCCGAAGAUGCUUGCAACACAAUAAAUUGUGGACAGCCGUUGAUACAAACAAACCCAGAGCAAAUACCUGGCUAUGUAAACCAAGCACCUUACUACCCAAACCAAGUUUCUCCCCAUCAAGCUACCAGUCCUGUAAGCAUGAAUCGGCCCACUUCCCCACAGGCCAUGCUCUGUGCUGCUCAGAUGGGGCAAGUCAAGUACCCCAUGCACCACUAUGAACAUCCUUCACCAGCUAGUGAAGGAAGCUGCACCUCUACUAGCACCAUAUCCAGCGCUGGGGGCAGCACCCCUACAAGUUCAUUUUCCAGGGAUUGGAACUGCACCUCUACAAGCACCAUAUCUAGUCCUGGAAGCUGCACCCCUACCAGCACUAUAUCUAUAGAUGAAAGCUGCACCGAAAGAGUAGACUCAGAUGUUGAGGUGAGUAAUUACUAAUCCAAACUCAUGCACUGUUUUAAUAUGCAAUUCCUUUAGCAUGCUACAUGUAUGGUCCACUUUGGAAUAUUUUUUUUUUAAAAAAUUGUGAUUGUAAAAUGAACAUUUUAAAUAUAUCAUGUAAUUAGAAAUCUAAAUAGUGGAGAUGGUUUAUUGUUUUAUUCUGAAAAUGUAUGGAUUUGUUUAAAGUGAGAAAUGGAUAUUUAGUAAAACAAAGUACACUAUUUUUUUUAAUGACAUUAAGGUAGAAAGUGGGGAAUAAUCAAACUUUUGGUAUGUUGUUUUAAUGUCUAAUUUUUAAUUUCAUUUAUAGUAAAAAAAAAAAAGGUUGUGGUGGAUUGACAACUGAAAAUGUAGGCCAGUAUUUGGAAAAGGGGAAAAAAAUAUUUGAAAUAAUCUUAUUUGUAGAAUUUUUCCAGCUUUGAACUUUCAUCCAUUUUUUUCACCCCACUUGUCAAUUUAGUUCCACUCAAUAUUUACUACAUAAAUAUGUCUUUUUACUUUGUUUUGUAUGUAACUGUUGCAGGUGUCGAACAAUUUCAGGAUUUGCUUGUGAAGCCUAAAUAUCGAGUACAAUGGCAUAUUUUAUAUUGUCUAGUGACUUUAACCUAUUUCCUGACAAAAUGAGCUCAAAUCUAAAUUGAGGUCUACUUUAUUUAUAAAUAAACAGUGGGAAAUUGUAGUUAAAAUAAACAUUCUGUAUAAAGUCAAAGGCAAUUUUGGCUCCAAGCUGAAGACUGUGUCUAUUGACUGACUAUUGCAAUCGGAGUGUGUAUGCAUCAAUGAUGGGUCCCCAAUUUCCCAUUCUGUAAAUGGUGCUUCUGUAUGGUUGAUAUAUUAUUACACUCAAAACACUAGUAAAUAACACAUUCAUAUAACAAACUAUGACUAUGGCAGGUGUUUUCCUGUAGAUCUGGACCUUUUGUAGUUGCUGUGCUCUAAACACUUUUAAAAUAAUGAAAAAUGUUUUCUUUAACCUCAAGUGUAACUCUUGCUCCUUACAUUCACAGGAUACAUCGAGCAUGAGCGAGCUGGCGGAAUUUGCCCAAAAUUUUAAAAGACGGAGGCUUAGGUUGGGGUUUACCCAGGAAAAUGUUGGGGUCGGACUAGGAAUUUUGUACAGUAAGAUCAGAUAUGAGAAGUUACUAAUACAUUGUAGUUAAAUAAUCAAAACAAUAUUUCAUUAUUUAUAUUCAGUCAGUUUGUAAAAAAAUACAAUGCACAUGUAAAAAGCAACUUAUAUUUUAAAUGGAAAAUCUGAUAUUUUAAUUACAGCAAAUACAAUUAUCUAAAAUAUACAUUAUUGAUAAGUUUAAUAAAAUUUUUUAUAUAUUAAUCGAUGGAUUUUAUAUUCCAAGUAUUUUGUUUGAUAAAUACAGUCUGAACCUUUGAGAAAUCACAGAGAGGGCAUUUAACAACACUUUGGUACAAUGAAAUGCAAUGUGGAUUUUAUCCCUGAAUUUGAUGACGCGUAGUAACCAUUGACUUCAAUCAUGAACCCAACUCUUGGAAAUAUGAGAUAAUGUAAAGUCAAAGAUAGAAAACUCAUGGAAACAUGCAUCUGCAAUACAAUAUCAUUGUUCCAAAGAAUCGCGUUUGCAUAAAAUGCUAAUUGUGGGCUUUUCAGGUUGCAGUUACAAUGUCAGAGUGCUACCAACAUAAAUAUGUAAAAAGCAUAAGUCAAUAAUGAACCAAAAAAGUAAUCAAACAAGCUCUAGUCAUACUAAUAAUACUAUUAAUAUUUUAAUUGAUUUAAGGAUAAAUAAUAGAGCAUAAGAAAAUAUUUUUCAAGCCAGAACACCUGGACUUCACAUAACUAACAAACCGUACUUUGUUGCAGAUAAGUCAUUUAGCCAGACAACAGUUUGCAGAUUUGAGGCUUGCCAACUGAGCCUUACUAAUAUGCGGAAACUAAAACCAGUCCUGCAAAGAUUUUACGAUGACGUUGAGGCAAAUCCAGCUAGCCGAGAAGUAAGUAAAACUAUUUUAACGAUUCAUUUAUAUCAAGUUGAUCAUUGUUUUUUACAAUUCCACAAUUAUCAUCAGUGGAAUUAAUUGUACAAAACCAACUAUAACCUCAUAUCUGCCAACAUUGGGAGGUAUGGGAUUGGGAAGCAGGCAUUUGGGCAAUAGAAGCAUUGUCAGUGACUUGUGUCACUGGCGAUGUCCACAAUGAAUUAACCUGUCUGCAAAAGGGAGUGGGUUGGCCCAUUGAAGCAGCGUGCCAGCCUGGUGUCUAGCAUUGCCCGAAUUAUGGCUGUAAGAGCAUUAUCGGAAAUGUAGUCCACAACAUCUGAAGUUUCAAAGGUUGCCUACCCUUGUAGUAGACCAUGCAGAGAGAACUGCUGAAGCAAGCUCUGCAUAAACCUAGUGGCUGCCACACAUCUGAAGCACAUCUAAUGAUGCUCUCUGUGACACAGGGACUGUCUCCUGUUCACAAUUGCACUCAAAACACUAGUAAAUAAAUAUCACUUUCGUAUAACAAACUAUAAUUGUGUCAGAUAAUUUUCAGGAGAUCGAUAGCUGACGAUGUAUUCUAAGCACCAUUAACAGGAAACAAAAUCGGGAUGCAAGAACAGGACCCUAAAGAAGGAACAGUUUAGCCAAAUUUGGGACAUUUUGGGAGGCAUGCAACCCUGCUUCCUUUUCAGUCAUUGAAUUGCAUAAGGGUUCUGUGUUCAGUGUUCAGUGUAUGGAAAUUGAAGGUUCAAACUUUAAAUCAAUGAAAAUUUCAGAGUUGGAUAACUCAUUGUUCAGUCUACAUGAUGUAGGCUUUAGUUGUAAGGCUAUAACCAUAGAGAGCUACAAAGUUCACUGUUAUGUCUAUGUAGAGCUUCAGAGAUCAGUGUUUAGCCUGAUGAGAGGUACUGAGUUCAGGGUUUAAGGAAUAUAACCAUGAUUUAAAAUAUAUAUAUAUAUUUAUUAUUAUUAGCCUAUCAUUAUCACUUGGGACGUGUACAGCAUGUCAAGGAGAAGCGUAUCUUCAUUUUGCAUGUGCAUAUGGCUACAGUGAUUUUAAUAAAUCACUGCUGCUAUAGUAGAUGUGAUAUAAGGAGAGAAAAGGACAAUGCAGUAUUAUCAAUGUGAGAUGAACAGGUAGCUAUGGUGCUUGGGGUGCUUUUGUGUUAGUGCCCCUUUAACUUUGUAAUUUUUUUUAAACAUGUUCAUUAAAAAGUGUUGGUUUUUUGUUUUUUUAAACUUGCUAAUCUACUGGGUUGGAAUUUUUUUUUUUAAUUCUGUGAUUAACAGGUUAUUCUUUGUAUUUUUUUUUUUUUUGCAUUCCACUAGAUAGUUGACCGAGGAGAGAAACCGAAAAACUCGGCAAAAAGAAAACGUCGUACGUGCAUUGCCGAACAUGUGAAGCUGUCUUUAGAAAAGUUUUAUGAAGCGUGCCCUCGUCCAAGUAAAAAAGACAUCGAAAUUAUGUCUACAUGCACUAAGGUCGAUUGUGACGUAAGUAUUGACAACAAGAACAUUUGUAUCAGACCACAACUGUGA